AUGCAAGCUUACAAGCCAACUUCAGGUCAACCCUUCACUUGUGAAGUUGACAAGAACUCUAAUAUUUACAAUGUCUUUUUUCUGGUGAGAUCAUUCUGCACAUUGUUCUUGUACUUCUCGGUCCUUACUCUCAGUGUUGUGACGUCUUUGAGGAUGCUGAAAGUCCAUCCAGUUCAUUAUAAUCUCUCUGAUGAGCAGAAAAGGCGUCGAUCGAGGCGGAUCAUCCUUGGUGUGAAAGUGGUUCUGUGUUYGCUGUUAUUGUAUUCGAUAUGUUAUCUGCCUGACUUUUUUGAAGAUCUAAUAAAAGGCCUCAACCGAAAUGUAUUACGAGAAUUAGAUAAAAGUUGCAAGGAUCUACUGGGAUUUCUACUUCAUAUCCCCAAAAUCAUGAAUUCCUGUUUGAGUCCUUUGGUGUACUUGGUCCUUCUCAGCGACUUUAGAAGGGCUGCCAAGAACCUGAUCUCAAGACAAGAACAACCAACUAACAAUACUGCAACAUAA